AUGACGACUUCGUAUCCUAUUCUGGAACAGGAUGUUCCUCAGUCCUACAGGUUUUGGUUUGAAAUUUUUGAAAACAAUCGGUGAAAAACAAUCGACUUCAUUAUUUAUUUGAAGCUGAACUUAAGCAAAAAAGUUUUUAUUGGUUCAUUUUUUUAAUUUACGAAAAAUUCACUUUAAUUGAAAAAUUGAAUUAAAAACUGUUUUUUUACAAACAUCUUCGCUUUUUUUUGCGCGUUUGAGUGCAGUGUUGCGUCAUUCUGCAACUCGGUGGAUUUAAUUCGAAGAUUCAAAAUUUCUGUUAUCUGAUUUUUCUGAAAAAUUUUGUGUGCAGAUUUAUUUAAAAUGUAGUUGCUUAAAUGAUUAUUGGUUUUAUUUUUAGAGACAAGAUUCUGAAAUGGAAUGGCUGGGGCUACAACGAUUCAAUGUUCACCAUCGAUAAAGCUGGACAUGUUACUUUCACAGGCGACAAGUGGGUUUUCGUUAUGUUUUCAAAUACUUCUAAAAUGGGCAAAGGUAGGUGUAGUUGACUGAAAUGAAAAGCUUGUUUUAAAUCGCAAGCUUCAUACAGCAAAAGGAUGAAAGGGUCAAACGUCGGGAUGAUUGAUUCAAACUAGCUCUUUAUUUCGAGUAUUUUUUUUACGUAGAAAACUCCAUUAAAGAAAUUUGUACCAACAAGUGCCCUUAUUGAAUAGGCGGUUUUUAUUAAAAUACCAGUAAGUUUUUCCAGUGUCAGUUUCAUUGCAUAAAAUUUUUUUCACAAGUUCAGAAUUGAAAUGGGCUUCUUAAGAAUUCUUUGUAAUUAGAACUAAUCAGUUAAGAUUUAAAAAAAACUCGUUAAAACUUCAAGAUAUUGUUCCCAGAUACGACAUCUCGGGCAAGACGAUGCCGCACUUCCGUCCCUGGUUCGAGAGCUACCUGGGCAUCGACCUGAACCACACGACUCCGGCCCAGAAACUGUCGGAAGUUCCGAUCGACGCCCCAGUCGAGAACGACGACAUCAUUGAGUACCUCACCGAGAAGAAAAUCGCCUUCUCCAACGCCCCUCGCAUGCGUCUUAUUAGAUCUCAUGGGCAUACGGUAGUUCAAAAGUUCAUUCAGAAGGAGAAAAAUUGAGUUGAAGGUCCACGAGUUGAUGAAUCUUCGCGAAGGAAAGGUGCCACGACUCCCAGACCUCGUCGUUUGGCCAAAGUCCGAGGCCGAAAUUACUACGGUGGGUAUAAAAUUCAGAAAAAUGCUCUUACUGUUUUUCUCACACGGUAUAGUCUGUUCUCCGCAAUUUGACAGUUUUCGGAUGUCUGCGUCUCUCUGUUCUCUCAUCGGGAAGGUUAGAGAAAAAGAAAAUUAGCACCUGAACUUUAGAGGGACGCCGAGAGAAGAGGAGGGCGCAGAGAAAAACAGCAGCUUCCAGUCACGAAAAACGGACUAAACUUAAUAUUUUUAUGGGGCGAGAGAGCAGAGGCUUCAGACUUUAAAACUGGAUUUUCGUAAUCUCCGUAGAAAUAAUUGAUCCGAGCCAUUACAAAAAGGUCAUUUUAAACUUUUUCUACAGUUAGAGUCUGUGAAAGCCCGUUUCCGGGACUAAAAUGGGGGACUUCUCCUCCUCGUCUCUCGGCAACCCUCUCGUUUUUACGUGAUAUUUUUAUGUUUCUCUGACCUCGCCGAUGAGGGAACAGAGAGACGCAGACAGACAUGAGAAAAUAUAGCGGAGAACGGACUAAAAAAAGACUGAAACAUAGCGAAAUUAAAAACAACUUUGUCCAUUUUUCCUCUCUAUAUUCUUCUUUACAAGACUUAUUUUCUCAGAUCAUCGAAGGGGCGAUGAGCAACAGCUGCGUGAUCAUCCCAAUCGGAGGCGGGACUUCGGUUUCAAACGCUCUCGACUGUCCGGACACGGAAAAACGCUUCGUUAUUUCCCUUGAUAUGGCCCUCAUGGACAAGAUUUUGUGGAUUGACCGGCAGAAUCUGACUUGUCGAGCUCAGGUGAAUAUUUCACGUGCAUGAUAAAAAAAAUGAUUAAUUUCGAGCCUUGACUGAUUUGAUCAAAGCUGUCCUAGUAAAUUUUGAUUUAUAACUGAUUUUUUUUGUUGAAAAAAGGUACAAGCUUCCAAUCGCAUAUUUUUCAUGAAAAAAAAAUAGCAAAAAGGCCUUUCUAUUUUUUUUAACCUUCAACAAUAAUAUAAUACAUCUAAAAAGUGACCAGAUUUUCGAAAAAUCGACUUGAAAUGUCGGCUUUUACCGGAUCAGGAUCUUGAAACUUCUAUUUUUCAUUUUGAACAGAUAAAUCGAAAUUUUUAGUUUAUCUCCGAGUUCAUUUACUUCCAAAAAGGCUACUUGAAAAUAUUAAAUUUCCUAUUUUCAAAGCUAGCUUGAGAAGGGGCGUGGCCUGUCUGCGCUCUCCAUAAACCAGGCAUUAUUUUUUUUUAUCGUGUCAGAACCUUUUUCUAUCGCUCAAGCCAGCAGUGAAGCUACAGUUCUCAAAUUAAUCUAAAACUAGUCCUUGAAAAAAUUGGAAAUUUCAAAAUUUCUUUAGAGCUUUUUAUCCAUUCAGUACUCCAACGAUAUGUUAACUCAAAUUAAAAUAAAAAAUGAUACAGAAGUUUUUUUGUGGAGUCUGUUUCAAAGCUUUUUUAUUUACGUUCUCUUUUAUUUUUCGAAGAUCAGUGUGUCAUAGAAAACGCCUGAAAGUUUAUGAAAUCUCAAAAAAGUUAUUAACUUCUUCUAAGAAAAGUUAAAAUAAACUUUCAGGCCGGAAUCGUCGGCCAAAGCCUGGAAAGACAGCUCAACGACAAGGGAUUCACCUGUGGACACGAGCCGGAUUCCAUCGAAUUUUCGACCCUCGGAGGCUGGGUCUCUACUCGUGCCAGUGGAAUGAAGAAGAACAAGUUAACACUCAAGAAAUUACUGUUGUAAAGGGAAUUUCUAGGUAUGGAAACAUCGAAGACCUCGUCGUCCACAUCAAUUUUGUCUCGCCUAAGGGGCUCAUCCAGCGCCAAUGCCAGGUUACUUGAGUAUAGUCCAUUCGUCGCGGCUUGAAAGUUUUCGAGUGUCUGCGUCUCUCUGUUCUCUCACCGGUCAGAGAAACAUGAAAGGAGCACGUAAACAGGAGAGAGACUUCGAGAGAUAAAGAGGGCGCAGAGAAGCCUCUGUCAAGUCGCAAAAAAUGGACUAGAAGAAAAUUUUUCGAAUUUCAGGUCCCAAGAAUCUCCAGCGGUCCAGAUAUCCAGCAAAUCAUCAUGGGAUCCGAAGGAACCUUGGGAGUCGUUUCAGAGGUUUGAGAAAAAAAUUUUCAGAUCUGGAAAGAUUUUUUUGUCUUUGAAUUUUGUCUCAAGGAAGAAAUUUGUAUAUAGAGUUUUCCGAAAAAUAGCCAAUUCUUAUAUUUUCGCAGUCACUUAAAGAAAAAUCAAACUUCUCUGCGUCUCUUUUCCCUUACAGACGAGGUCAUAGAUAACUGAAAAUAGCACUUGAAAAUGAGAGAGUUUCUGGGGAAAUGCAAAAAAUGAGUGGCUAUUGCGUAAAUUUAUGUUUUUUUUAAAAAAGAUGAGAGCAAGAAAUGAAAUAAAUAUCAAUUAAAAAGUUCAAGAUGGUCUUCCAAAUAGUCUUCCAACAGCCACUGGAAAAGCUUCAUUCAAAAUUUAGACCACUUAUUAAAAAAAAUUCAAGGAAAAUUUAAAAAGUCUGAAGCUUUUUUUUCGAUUUAGGAGAGAUUUUUAAUUUUUUCCAACUCAAAUAUUGUCCCUAAAUUGCCUAAUUGUCAAAUUCAGGUGACCCUGAAAGUUUUCCCACUUCCUGAGGUCAAGAAAUACGGUAGUUUCGUGUUUCCUGAUUUCGAAUGCGGCGUCAACUUUUUCCGCGAGGUCGCUCGUCAGGUAUUCUUUUUUAAAGAUUCCCUCAUUCAUUUUUAAAUUUCAGCGAAUCCAACCGGCCUCGUUGCGGCUCAUGGACAAUGAACAGUUUGUGAUGGGCCAGGCGCUGAAAGUCGCUAACAACUCCUAUUGGGACACUUUCAAGAGCUCCUUGAGCAAGAUGUACAUCACCAAAUGGAAAGGAUUCAAGGUCGGUCUGAAAUAACGGUUAAUCAAAAGGACGUUUGCUCUAUAGUAGUUCAGAAAGGGAAAAUGGUUAGUAAAGUAAGGUUUUAGGUGUUUUUUUCAUCCUUCUGGUACUUGGGUAAAAUUGGAAUAGUGGUUGAUGACCGUUAAGAAGGGAUAGGCUCCACAAAGGCUGCAGAAAGGCAUCCAAAAAGGGACCUUUCACAUCCUAAAAGAAACAUUUCUAGGCAGCAUUUUCUGACCCUCUCCGAUUUUCUAUUAUUUUUGAUAUUUUCAAAUUUUGCUUUCAUAAAAAAUAAUUUUUAGGUUGACGAAAUCUGCGCGGCGACCUGCGUUUACGAAGGAAGCCGUGCCGAAGUAGAAGAACAGGAACAACGUCUGAAUCAAGUCGCCGAGACUUUCCGUGGAGUUGUGAGUGAUUUUAUGAACUUUAUUCAGAAACAAAAUGUCUUUUUAGAGUUUGAAAAUAAAAAAAGAUCCAAUUUUAGGUCGGAGGCGAGGAAAAUGGCAAGUACGGCUACAGACUCACUUUCGCCAUCGCAUAUUUGAGAGUGAGUUCCGAAGUUUUUUUUAAUGAUUUGCAGCUGAAAAAUGAGAGUAUUACAUAGAAACCUUGAAAGAUCACAAAGUUUGAAAACUCAAUGACAUUUUUUGAACAAGAGACGGGUUUGUAAAGUAAUUUUAUAACUUGCUUCAAAGUUCAAAUGGAAAAAUCUGGUUCUGAUUAUUUUUAGAGAGCAGCUUCAGCUUAGUUAUGAAGAAAGCUUCAGGGAAAACUUUUAGUGCCAUUAUAGAGGCUCCCCAAGGACUUCUUGAAGAGGACACUAAAGUUGCCACUAAUUUUCAACCUUUAAAGUGGCCACCAUUUGUUCAUUAGUGGCAACUUUUGUAGUUUUAAUCAUCUAGUAGUACCACUUAGAGCUCUAUAAUGGCCACUGAUUUCUAACCCCUAAAGUGGCCACUAAUAUGACUACUAUAGUAGGCACUAAAACGUCAAAACUGUAUAGAGACCGCUGAAAUUUUUCCCAUGUUCUCAUUGGAAAGGUUUUCAGAAAUUCAAAAUUUUACGGAACCUAAUAUUUUUCUCGUUCAGGACCUCGGCAUGAACCACGGCGUCCUUGGAGAAUCCUUCGAGACUUCCGUACCUUGGGACAAGGUUUCAACUCCUUCUUGAUAUUUUCUCAAGCUUUUUAAAUUGUCUCAGGUCCACACUCUCUGCCGGAACGUGAAGGAACUUAUGCGACGAGAAUCGAAAAAUCAAGGCGUUCAGACCCCGGUUCUGGCCAGUUGCAGGUCUUUUUUUUCAAUUUUUUGAAGGUUUCGAAUUUUUUUAAUUUUCAGAGUGACUCAAGUAUAUGACGCUGGCGCUUGCGUUUACUUUUAUUAUGGGUUCAACUCUCGUGGCCUGGAAGACGGUUUGAAAGUCUACGACAGAGUUGAGGUCCGUUUUUUCCACUGAAACUUCAUCAAUUUUCUUCCCAGGCUUUUUUUUUUUAAAAAAAAAGAACUUUUUUUCCAUAGCCUAGUUAUUGAAAACUCUUCAUUUUAACUUUCCCAAGUUUAGAAACCCUACGCGUCCGACUUGAAACGAGUUACGCACUGCUAUAAAAAAUUUUUUGUAUCGAACUUCUCAAGUGACCCCUAUACGAUAAGGAAAAAAAUCAGCCCCUCAAGCCUAUAUUGCAAAAUAAUUUUUUCAUUGAAAAACAGAGCCUAUUGUUCUCACUUUUCUCUAUCUAAAUAUCUUCAAAAAACAAUUCUGGAUUUUCAGACAGCCGCCAGAGAUGAGAUCAUUGCAUGUGGCGGCAGCAUAUCCCAUCACCACGGAGUCGGAAAACUUCGCAAGCCUUGGAUGCUGACCACGAAUGGAGCUGUCGGAAUCGCCCUCCUCAAGGCUAUCAAGGUACUUUUUCCGUCAUUUCAUUACUUAAUUUAAAUUUUUCACAUUCCAGAGUGAACUCGACCCCGCCAACGUCUUUGCCAACGCCAACCUCGUCGAUAUCAUCGGAUCGCCCCAUUGCAAAUUAUAA